AUGUCAGCACUGGAUUCUGUGGACCUAUCCACUGCUAAUGCUGUGGCUGCAGGUACCAACAAGCCUGCCAAGAGAAUAGUGGCUUAUGGCAUUGGAGGAAAGUUGAUGGGAACCAAGUCUAUGACAGAUGUCACAGCUGAAGAGCUGAGCAAAGAUUCGGUGGCAAUGAUGCUUGCUAAAGACAGGGAGCUAAAGAAUAAAUAUCUGAAGCAGAAACAUAUCAGCGAACAGCCAUGGACUUGGGAGAACUGGCACCGUCACAUCAAUUGGCUCAACUUCAUCUUGGUGCUUGCUGUUCCACUAGCAGGACUGAUCUCCACCAAAUGGGUUCCUUUGAAGCUUCACACUUUUGUGACCGCAGUCAUACUGUACUGCUUUGGUGGUCUCUCCAUCACCGCUGGAUAUCACAGACACUGGGCUCACAGAGCCUAUGAUUGCAGAUUGCCUGUGAAAAUCUUUUUCGCCCUCUUUGGAGCUUCUGCUGUUGAAGGAUCCAUCAAGAUGUGGGGACAUCAGCACAGGGUUCACCACAGAUACACAGACACGCCAAGAGAUCCAUACGAUGCGAAGAGGGGUUUCUGGUAUUCUCAUAUGGGAUGGAUGCUUUUGGUGCCAAACCCAAGAUACAAGGCAAGAGCCGACAUUAGCGAUUUGCUCGAUGACUGGGUUGUCAGAGUUCAGCAUAGACACUACUUGUUGCUCAUGGUGGUCAUGGCAUUCCUAUUCCCCGCCGUCCUGACUCACUAUCUAUUCAAUGACUUCUGGGGUGGAUUUAUCUACGCUGGAUUGCUAAGAGCCGUGUUCAUUCAGCAGGCAACCUUCUGUGUGAACUCGCUUGCCCAUUGGAUUGGAGAACAACCAUUUGACGACAGAAGAACUCCAAGAGACCACAUUCUGACCGCUCUCGUCACCUUUGGAGAAGGAUACCAUAACUUCCACCACGAAUUCCCAUCAGAUUACAGAAACGCACUGAAAUGGUACCAAUAUGAUCCAACCAAGGUGGUUAUCUACCUUCUCUCCAAGGUUGGACUUGCAUAUAACCUGAAGAGAUUUUCGCAAAACGCUAUUGACCAGGGUAUCUUACAACAGCAACAGAAGAAGCUGGAUAGAAUGAGAGCCAAGCUUAACUGGGGUCCACAGCUUAGUGAGCUGCCAGUGUGGGAUAAGUCCACAUUCUUUGAGAAGGCCAAAGAACAAAAAGGACUGGUUAUUAUUUCGGGCAUUGUGCAUGACUGCUCCAACUUCCUUACGGAGCACCCGGGCGGACAAGCUCUCCUUAAAACCUCCUUUGGUAAAGAUGCUACAAUGGCCUUCAAUGGAGGUGUGUAUGCCCACUCGAACGCUGCUCACAACUUGUUGGCUACUAUGAGAGUUGCUGUCAUCAGGGAUGGCGGAGCUAAUGGAGACACCUUCGACGCGCAAUUGCGGUAUCUCGCCAGCAAGGAAAACAAAAAGGAGUAG